AUGGUACCAUCGAACGACAAUACCUGGUCCGGAGGCAAGAAUAAUCAAUUUCAGGUGGAGAGGGUGACAAGAGGACAAAACUCCUUUAAUUCUUUCAUACCACAACCAAAGUAUGGUACCAUCGAACGACAAUACCUGGUCCGGAGGCAAGAAUUACCAUCAAACGACAAUACCUGGUCCGGAGGCAGGAAUAGAAAGGAUUGGGAGAGUACUUUGGGGGUUUAA